UGUUCUCGCAGGUACGAUAGAAGACACGAGGUUGCGAUUUUUUAGACGCACAUGAUCAAUUUGCUCUGCUCAGUUCGGAUUCUUAUCGGAGGAAAGAUUCAAAAGUAGAUCGCGUUCUUCAAAAAAUUGCUCAAUUCAACGGCUGGAAUUCGCAGAACUUUAAAGAUAUUUUUUCCCCCGGAAUACGAAAAUAUACUUCUGAGUAUGGAUACCAGCGAAAGUACAGCCAAAAUUGUUGAUAUGACGUAUAAGAAUAUAAUGGAAGAGUUCGGGCCUUACACGAAACAACUUGUUGCUGCUGGCAGAACGUAUCUUAAAUCUCUUCAUGCAAUGGUUGCCGCUUCUCGACAAUACACAGAUGCUUUGGCAAAAAUAGCCUCCUUAGCCAACAACAGCACUCUUAGCGGCUGUCGUGAUAUAGGAACAACACUUUAUAACAUAGUUGAUGUAAAUAAAGAAAUACUAGCUCAGCAGUCAAAUAUAAUCAAGAGCUUAGAAUUUGAUUUUUUGGAACCCAUGGAAAUAGCUGCAGAAAAAGAUACGAAACUGGUUGGAAGAGAACAGAAGCGAUUUCAGCAGCUUUACAAAGGAAGACGAGAAGCGUAUUUAAAAUGUGUUUCAACACUGAAGAAAACAAGAAGAAAAAAGAAUAUUAACACUGAUAAACAGCUAUCUCAUAUGAAAAUGCUUGAAAGUGCCAAAGAAAGACUAGAAGUAUUUUGCAAUGACAGUCUAAAAGAGCAUCAAGAAAUUAGUGAAUAUGCAACUCUAACAAGAACACCAAAAAAAUUGCUUGCUGUAGACCCCCCUUCAGUAGCUACAUUUGAUUUAAACCACUCCACAGAAAAUGGGACCUUAAAAUCCAAGCAUUAUGCAUCACAUCCUGAUAUCCUGGAAGCAACUGCUUCUCUUAACAGAAGUAAUGGUAAAAUAUAUCACAAUGGACAACAUCUUCCUUCUAUGCGACUGUAACAAAAUAUUUUGCUUAGCCAUUUUACAUUUAAUGAUAUUUGGUUUAAAUUUUAUGUAACAUAAAAAUCUAUCUUUGAGUCAUCUCUUAGUAAUCAAGAAAUAUGAACAUUGUUUGAAAAAUAUAUCUAAUUGAAUUUUUUAAAGCUUGUUUUAAUACUAGUUAUGAUUUUGGCUUUUUAUAAAUUAUCUUUUCUAUGUUAAAGCUAACAUUAAUUUUAAAAUGAGGGAAUAAAAUUUGAGAAAUAGCUUUAAAUCCGCAAAUGUAACUAAUAUUGUAACAAUCAAACUUUUAAAGCACAAAUUUGUAAAAAAAUAUUACAGGCACAUGUUUUAAGAUUUCAGGAAUUUUUUUUUUUUCCCCAAUGCUGAAAGGUGUGAACUGCUGCUUGUGAAAUCAUCCAACAAAAACUUUUGCUGGGGAUUUUUAGGUUGUACAAUUAUCAAAUUUAGUGUUUGUCAUAUUUCAUUAGUGCAUGUUUAAUGUUUUUCUUACAAAUGACUGAAAUUAAAAAAAAAAAAAAAAAACUUUGAGAUUCAUACUAAUAACUGAAAUCUAAAAUGAAUGUAAAUAAUUAAAAACUUUUAUUUACAUUUUUGAUCAAAAUUAUGCAUUAAAACAAUUAGUCAACAUUUAUAUAAUACCAAUAUUCAACUUUAAAUCUUAAAUUGUUUACAAAAUAUUUCAAAUAAUUGUUUCAAGGCUAAAGGAGCCCCUCUCUGUAGGUGCAAAAAUUCUUAACACAAGACCGCAAAUUCGUUGUAAGUUUUUUCGAGUAAUUACCUUACUUAUAAAUUUGCUGUUACAUGUUGAGCGUUCCUGCACUAAUGAGGGUGCUCCACUCUAGCCUUGAAACAGCUAUUUGCCAUUUUCUCUUUGUGAUUUUUUUCUUUAUCUACAUUAAUUAUUGACUUUAUGCAUACUUUAGUGCAAAGAUUGUUUGAUCAUUUUUCAUAUGUAUCAUAAUUUGUUAAGUAAAUUAGUAAAAUAAAAAAAAAUCAUUUAAAAGUUAUUUGCUAUAGAUUGCAUAUAUUGUUUGUUGCCUUUGGUGUUAUUAUUGAAAGAAUUCAGCUUUGCUACAAUUCUAAAACAUUGAUGCUUUGCAUGUAAAAAGAAUUUGAGAAUUUUUUAUUAUUUUUUUUUUUGUCAUGUUCUUAACAAAAAAAAAAAAAGAAAGAAAAAGAGAAAAAUAUCAAAACACAUUUUGCCUUUUUGAUUUCUGAAAAUUAUUUGGUACAUUAUUUUACUAAAAAAAAUGAAGUGCAUAUAUUAAAAGCAUUGUAUAAGUAUGAUCAUCCACUGCUAUAAUUCAAGUCAAUUUUUCAAUUUUGAAUCAUUAUAGUAGAACAUAUAACAUAUGGAACAUAUGUUUGUCAUUGAUAUAAUUAGCUUUAUUAUUCUUGUUGAUGCCAUGAAUCAAUUGCUGUUGAACAGUGAAUUACGGAUAAUGACUGGUUUCAAAGCGGCUUUCCAGUUAAUAUAAGUCUUAAAAUUUAUACCAUUCUCAUUAGACAUCAUCGUUAUGUUCAUGCUUUAAUAGACUUCAUUGCAACAUGAUCUUUAUCUUGAGACACAUUGUGAAUAUCAUCGUGAACUUAUGAAUUUAAGGUAUUUUAAUUUGAUUUGAAGUACAUUAGAGCCUCAGUUGUCCAAGCCCCAGUUAACAGAGGUUCCCGAUUAACCAAGGUACAUUAGUAUGUAAAUUUGUACAUACAAAAUGUGUUCUGGACUUCUUUAAGAAAUAACUUUUUUAACUUAAACAUAUUCUCUUAGUAUGUAUGUACAAUCUGUGGUGUAAUAAAAGAUUUCUCGACAGGAGUGUCCAGGGCAAAAAUAACCAGCUAACAAGCAAGUCAUAAUUUUUAUCAAGUCGAAAUUUUAUAACUAAUUUCACACAUGCAAUCAUGCAAGUUUAGAACUAAAUGAAAAAAUAUCUUCAAUGAGAAAUAAUAACUUGUAUUUUCAUUAUGGAAGUUUUAUUUUGAGCUUCAAGAGUGGGUCUAAAUUCGGCAACCAACCCCUUCCUUACACCACUGUGUGUGUACAUUUCCAUAUUCGUAUGUUUGUACCUUAAUUUUUCAUUUCCUAAUAUGUACAGUAAAUGACUUUUUCCACAUCUUUGACGACAUUUUCCAUUCAUUUCACUAAUUUACUCAUGUCACUCGCUUGAUUUGGAUCGAGUCUGUUAUCAGAGUUUAUGAUAAUCCGAGGGUCCCUCAGUCCACAUUCCCUCAGAUAACUAAGGCUCGAACUGUAUUUUUAAAAUUAUUUUCAAUUUAGAUUUUCUGGUAUAUAUCUCUUAUCAUUUAUUAUGAAUGUUUACCAUUUGAAUCAUUAUAAGUUUUUUAAAAACAAAAAGAUCCAAUGUAUGAAUUUAUUUAUACAGUGGCCGCCGUUUAUAUGAAUCAUGUUUGAUCUAAAUAGUUUUGAUUCCAUAAGUGACUUAUUCAAUAAAGCGGCAACCUCAAUCAAACUGGAUUUUGUUCUGUUUUUUUUUUUUUUUUGAAGAUUUGAUUCAUUGAAGCGGCUGAUGCAAUUCACCACUGAUUCAGUUAACCGGCAUCCACUGUAUUGUUAAAAAAAUUAUAAAAUAUAUUUUUGAAUCAUUCAUUGCAUACUUGCAAGUAAAACCCCAUUUUUACCUAACAAAACUCAGUCAUCUUGCCCAUUAGGCUUGUAAUAAUUAUAAAAAUAGUUGUAUUUACUAUUGAAGGAUUUCUUACUUUUAUAUCAAUCGCUGAAUUUCGGGUGAAAGAGUUCUAGUCUGCAGUCCAAGGUUUAAAAUUCCAAGAGUCAGAGUCAGUAAUUUUGCUUCAAAGUCUGCAACUAUGCCAGUGCUUGCAUAGUCAGAGUUGCACUGAUUUCACGGAAAAGGAGUCAGAGUUGAAGACUCUAAAAUUGCCAUGGUCAGUCCUCUACCCUCAGACUCCACUGACUUGUUUUGGAAAGCUGCUUUUAUAUUGUAUGUAUACAAGCAAGUGGAAGAGGAAAAAGCUCUUGGUAUAAAAUUGAUUAUAUAUUUCUAAAAACUUUUAAGCAUGUAAAUAUAUGUGAUAAUUAAGUGCUAAUGCUUUUAAGAAAUAAUCUUUGAUGCUUUUUAGCAAUCAAUACUUUUAAUAACAAAUGUGUGCCUUUUUAUUGCUUGCCUAUUGGAUUUAUGUUGUGAUAAACUAAAGCUUAUGAGCUGAAUGCAUCAUUUUCAUCAUCCAUUUUCCCAUUUUACAAAUUUUUCAAAGGAUAAUAUGCUGAGAUUUCCUAAAUGUCAUUCAAAAUUAUGCAGUGUAUUUUCCAAAUUUACUUUUAAAUUAUUUUUUAUAUUCUAUCAAAGAAUAUCUAGAUGUUUAUUUACAGCUUUAGCUGUUGAGGACCAAAUGUAUAAAUUUGUUUUAA